AUGCGGCAUCCUGCACACAUAGUCUCAAUGGCACCGAUACGGACUCCGGCAGUCAGAAGCAUUGCGACCAGCCGCAGACCACCAUUUGGAAAUGCCCAGCGACGAUGGGCCCGUGUCCGUGACGUGCGGCUGCUUACCACUCACCAGGAUCCAAACCGAGUUCUUGACAAAUACAAAGACAAGCUUGACCGUAAAGCCAAAGAAGAGGGAUAUUCUUCGAUUUCCGCCCUCCGACAUGCCUAUCAAGAUAAUAUCAAAAACCUCAGAACAAGAGCUGACUUCAAUAUACCACCAAUCCCAGGUGCUUUACCGACUGCCAAUGGCGGUUCAGCGGCCCGUUCCCUAGUGACUUCCCAGUCACCAAAACCUCCUACCAACCCCCCUACUCCAAGAAGCCAAAUGCCCGGAAUAAAACCUUUGUCCUCCUACAUCGACAUUCCCAAGAUCCUCACACUCCCUGCCAAGGAAAUCGAGACCGUCUGGCGCCUCCGACAUGCGGCUAACCCCCAGUCUGUUUGUGCUACCAUCUCGCUUGACACAUACAAGCGUAUGGUCGGCAUUGCCCGACAAAACCCGCAAUUUGUUCUACCCCUACCCAGGAAAGCGGCCGGCAGCUGGCCGGAUGAUGUGAAAGGUGGGGCUGCUUCGGGCCCUGUCCGAUCCGCAGGUACAGGGGCAGAUAUUCAUUUCCUGCAAUGGGCAUUCCAUCCUCCCGCCGGCGCUAUUACCUCAACUCCCAAUGUCGCAAACACUGUUACUACCACCACACUAAACACACACACAUCUACUGUACUCUUCACGCAUCUGGCAUCUUACAAAUUACACGGAGCAUAUUCACAACCACAUACGAUCAUAACACACUAUCUGGACCUCGCAGAGACGAAAGGACUGGUUCUAAUGAGUGGCGCAGUAGUAUCGGAUCGGGGUGUGGCUAUGGAUGAGGCGAAGUUAUUGGUAAUGUGGUUGCAAUGGUUUUAUGAUUGGGGAGUUGAUGGAGCACAGGCUGGGAAAAGAGCAGAGCUCGUGAGAAUGUUCAACCAGGGUGAUGUUAACGGAUUUAAACUGGAGGAUUUGAUGGACGAGGUCGAGAGGGUGUAA